AUGCGUGAGCAACAAUUGCGUGCGGUGGGCUGGAACAUGCACACUGUGUGGGUGGCGUCACGCACAAGGGAGAGGAAAGAGGAGGCUGAUUUCGCGGAUGCUGCCCGCGACCUGGAGACGCUCAAGGAUCUCCAAUGGACGGCCAGUCACACUGUCAAGCUCAAGCAGUAUGAGAACUUCUUCAAGUCUCAGCAGGCUGCUGCUCAGAAAGACAAGCUGCCACAAGCGGUGAUGGACCAUGCAAUGAAAGUCAUCGCUGAGCUUCGCGCCAAGCAGGACGAGUACGACCUGAAACUCAACCUCACCGACAAGGGAGCCCUGGACAAGCGAUACGCUCGGCAAGAGCGCGAACGCCGCCGCAGAACAGGGCUCUGCAAAGAUGGCACGCCGGACAUGCGUUUCAACAAGAACAAGGCCACCCACCAAGACAUGGCUGACAAACAAGCCGCCAGUCCAAGCGCAACAGUUCCGCUGCGCAAGCCAAGCAGCACGCCAGAAUCCACGUCUGGCGAACCGAGGGCUCGCCGUCAGCUUGCCUUCCCACCUUCUUCCCCUGGCCGCGCCACGCCCCAAACAGAAACGGCCGAGCCGACGGCGACUCAUACACGAAGCACGGAGACCUCAUCAACAUCCACUGCGCCUUGCACCGUCGAUACGGGAAAGGUCUACAGGUCAUCCGGGUCUGCCAACGGGCGCGCCAUCUGCAAAGGUCCACGCGGUGGCCUCUUCUACCUGACAGACGCCGGCAACAAGGUGUACAUCAAGCGUGAGUCCAUGUCCGGCGACGGUGGUGGCUGUGGUGAUGGCGUUCUCGACGAUGAUGAUGUUGGUGCUGAUGACGGCGACGUCCAGGACGACUUUGCUGCUUCCUGUUCAGCGCACUCCUCGUACGUCGAGACGGAUGCCAGUUAUGUAUCAUCUGGGUCUGCCAACGGGCGCGCCAUCUGCGAAGGUCCGCGCGGUGGCCACUUCUACCUGACAGACGCCGGCAACAAGGAGUACGUCAAGCCCGAGUCCAUGUCCGGCGACGGUGGUGGCUGUGAUGAUGACGCUGUUGAGGAUGGUGCCGAUGAUCUUUGCACUGGUGACGAUGCUGGUGAUCUUGGUGGUGGCAACGAUGAUGACGCUGUUGAUGAUGAUUAUGACGACGACGACAAUGAUGAUGAUGAUGAUGACGACGACGACAAUGAUGAUGAUGAUGAUGAUGAUGAUGAUGAUGAUGAUGAUGAUGAUGAUGAUGAUGAUGAUGAUGAUGAUGAUGAUGAUCUGUGA